CCGCUGCCGCUCGCGCGCCUGGGCAGGACGCGGGGCGGGCGGGGGAGGGGGAGCGGCUUCGCAUCCAGCCCCGAGUGAGGCGGAGACCCGGGCGGGCGGGCAGGCGGAGCAGGCAGCACCGCACCUCGGCCAGAGGCGGCUGCAGCAGCUGCCCUUGUCCCCCAGCUGCCUCUUCAGUCUCUUCCCCGAUUAGCACUCCAGCGGCUGGAAAUCAGCAAGAAAGAGGAGGAGAGAAACUCCCACCGACCCACCGAGGGAGCAUGACUUCGGCAACUUCACCUAUCAUUUUAAAAUGGGAUCCCAAAAGUUUGGAAAUCCGGACAUUGACAGUGGAAAGGCUGUUGGAGCCACUUGUUACCCAGGUGACAACACUCGUCAACACAAGCAACAAAGGCCCAUCUGGUAAAAAGAAAGGGAGGUCAAAGAAAGCCCAUGUUCUGGCUGCGUCUGUGGAGCAAGCCACUCAGAACUUCCUAGAAAAGGGUGAGCAGAUUGCGAAGGAGAGUCAAGAUCUCAAAGAAGAGUUGGUAGCUGCGGUGGAGGAUGUGCGCAAGCAAGGUGAGACCAUGCGGAUCGCCUCCUCUGAGUUCGCUGAUGACCCAUGCUCCUCAGUGAAGCGGGGCACCAUGGUGCGGGCAGCCCGGGCUCUGCUGUCAGCAGUAACACGCUUGCUCAUCCUGGCGGACAUGGCAGAUGUCAUGAGACUAUUAUCUCAUCUGAAAAUUGUGGAAGAGGCCCUGGAAGCUGUGAAAAAUGCUACCAAUGAGCAAGACCUUGCAAACCGCUUUAAGGAAUUUGGAAAAGAGAUGGUGAAACUUAACUAUGUAGCCGCAAGAAGACAACAGGAGUUGAAGGACCCUCACUGUAGAGAUGAGAUGGCGGCUGCCCGCGGGGCCCUGAAGAAGAAUGCCACAAUGCUGUACACAGCCUCGCAAGCCUUUCUGCGACACCCAGAUGUCGCUGCCACAAGAGCCAACCGAGAUUACGUGUUCAAACAAGUCCAGGAGGCCAUCGCUGGCAUUUCCAAUGCCGCUCAAGCUACCUCGCCCACAGACGAAGCCAAGGGCCACACGGGUAUUGGCGAGCUGGCUGCAGCCCUGAACGAGUUUGAUAAUAAGAUCAUUCUGGACCCCAUGACUUUCAGUGAAGCCAGGUUCCGGCCGUCGCUGGAGGAGAGGCUGGAAAGCAUCAUCAGCGGUGCAGCUCUCAUGGCAGACUCAUCCUGCACAAGAGAUGACCGGCGGGAACGCAUCGUGGCCGAGUGCAAUGCGGUGCGACAGGCGCUCCAGGAUCUGCUCAGCGAAUACAUGAAUAAUACUGGAAGGAAAGAAAAAGGAGAUCCUCUAAACAUUGCAAUUGACAAGAUGACCAAGAAAACAAGAGAUCUAAGGAGACAGCUUCGGAAAGCAGUAAUGGAUCACAUAUCUGAUUCCUUCUUGGAAACCAACGUCCCUUUGCUGGUUCUCAUCGAAGCUGCAAAGAGUGGCAAUGAAAAGGAAGUGAAAGAAUAUGCCCAGGUUUUUCGUGAACAUGCCAACAAGCUGGUGGAGGUUGCCAAUUUGGCCUGUUCCAUUUCCAAUAAUGAGGAAGGGGUGAAAUUAGUUCGGAUGGCAGCUACCCAGAUUGACAGCCUGUGUCCCCAGGUCAUCAAUGCCGCUCUCACGCUGGCUGCUCGGCCUCAAAGCAAGGUUGCUCAAGAUAACAUGGAUGUCUUCAAAGACCAGUGGGAGAAGCAGGUCCGAGUGCUGACGGAGGCUGUGGAUGACAUUACUUCAGUGGAUGACUUCCUGUCCGUCUCAGAAAAUCACAUCUUGGAGGAUGUAAACAAAUGUGUGAUAGCCCUCCAAGAGGGAGAUGUGGAUACUCUGGACCGCACAGCAGGGGCCAUCAGAGGCCGGGCAGCUCGGGUCAUACACAUCAUCAACGCUGAGAUGGAGAACUAUGAAGCUGGGGUUUACACUGAGAAGGUGCUGGAAGCUACAAAAUUGCUUUCAGAGACAGUGAUGCCACGCUUUGCUGAACAAGUCGAGGUUGCUAUUGAGGCUCUGAGCGCCAACAUCCCCCAACCAUUUGAGGAGAAUGAGUUCAUCGAUGCCUCUCGCCUGGUGUACGAUGGUGUUCGGGACAUCAGAAAAGCUGUGCUGAUGAUCAGGACUCCAGAAGAACUGGAAGAUGAUUCUGACUUUGAGCAGGAAGAUUAUGAUGUACGUAGCCGGACAAGUGUUCAGACUGAAGAUGACCAGCUCAUUGCAGGGCAGAGUGCACGGGCCAUCAUGGCUCAAUUGCCACAGGAAGAGAAAGCAAAAAUAGCAGAGCAGGUGGAGAUAUUCCACCAAGAGAAAAGCAAGCUGGAUGCUGAGGUAGCCAAGUGGGAUGACAGCGGUAAUGAUAUCAUCGUUCUGGCCAAGCAGAUGUGUAUGAUCAUGAUGGAAAUGACAGACUUCACAAGAGGCAAAGGGCCAUUGAAAAAUACAUCAGAUGUCAUUAAUGCUGCUAAGAAGAUUGCCGAAGCAGGUUCUAGAAUGGACAAAUUAGCCCGUGCUGUGGCUGAUCAGUGUCCUGAUUCAGCAUGUAAGCAGGAUUUAUUAGCCUACCUUCAGCGAAUUGCCUUGUACUGCCAUCAGCUCAAUAUCUGCAGCAAGGUGAAAGCAGAAGUGCAGAAUCUGGGAGGAGAGCUCAUUGUGUCAGGGACAGGAGUUCAGAGCACUUUCACUACCUUUUAUGAGGUAGAUUGUGAUGUCAUAGAUGGGGGCAGGGCUAGUCAACUUUCUACCCACCUCCCAACCUGUGCAGAGGGAGCUCCGAUCGGGAGUACAAGCAGUGAUUCCUCCAUGUUGGACAGCGCCACAUCACUUAUCCAGGCAGCCAAAAACCUGAUGAAUGCUGUGGUCCUCACUGUGAAAGCUUCCUAUGUGGCCUCUACCAAAUACCAGAAGGUCUAUGGGACAGCAGCUGUCAACUCACCUGUUGUGUCUUGGAAGAUGAAGGCUCCCGAGAAGAAGCCCCUUGUGAAGAGAGAAAAGCCUGAAGAAUUCCAGACACGAGUUAGACGGGGUUCUCAAAAGAAACACAUUUCUCCUGUGCAAGCUUUAAGUGAAUUCAAAGCAAUGGAUUCCUUCUAGGAAGUUAGGCUUUAACAAGAAAGCUUUUUCUUUCUGUUCUUCCUUUUUUUCUUAACUUUUCAUUUGAAUUCCAUUUUUGUAUGCAUACCUGCCAACUUGUAUGCCUCUGGCAUGGGGAAAUUCUGAGAACAGUGUCUGUCUGCAUGUCAGGUGAGAUGUGAUCAAUACUAUUGAUCCAUCUGGAGCCUGGGGAGGGGACGAGAAUCCCAUCCUGAGGUGGCACAGAGCUGUCCUUUGCAACAUUCUCUUAAAGUUGGGCAAAGAGUUCGCACUGCAAUGUUUACGGGAGUGGGAGGGAUGGGGAAAAUAAGUAAACUUAACUCUACAAAAGCAAACUCUAAUGCAUGCAAGAAUCAUUAGGUUGGCAGGUAUAUUCAUGAGUGAAAAACCUGGAAUUGUAAUGGUAGAACAUUAAAAAAAAAACUUGUAUUGAUUGCUUAUGUUUCAGUGCACUAGCCAAUACGCUUAAGUGUGUGGCCCACAAAUUGAACAAUAGAAGUUUAAUGUCAUAUCCAUGAUAUAUGUGGAGUUUUAUCUGAGGAGAAACUAACUAGUCCAGCCUAAAAUGCUUCUUUUAAUCUGCAUUCUGUUCUUUCUCUUCUAGUAGUGCCAUUACCAGUCCUCGUUUUAUCAUUUUUCCCCUUUUACUGAAAAUGAUAAACAUUAAUUUGAGAUAACUCAAUACUUCUUGGGGCACUGGAAACACAAUAUGGUUUAUGGUGACCAACUCAUUCCUCCCUUUCCUUCUUCUUUCCUUCUUUCUUUUCUUUCUGAUUUUCCUAGAAAUAGAAGGCCCAGUGUGGAAUGUCAGAGGAAAGGAAACUGAUGAUGUGUGAAGGUUUAGAGGCAAAUAUCUAGGUGUAGCUUGGAGUGUUGGUAUCUAAUAUACCAUUGUAAUCACUAACUCAAAAUAAACACAUUUAAUCUUGA